AUGUACAGCAGAGUUUUACGCAAUUUAUUGACUGUCAGUCGAAAAUAUUCGGGCACAAGAAUAAAUAAUCAUUUUAAAACAAAAUUUCCUCGAGGAAAAAAUAAUUUCACUCGUACAUGCUACUCGUCGGCGGCUGCGGCAAACAGUCGGAAUACUCAUACUCCAACCAAGCCAAAGCAACCGGAUAGAACGUGUAUAGAUGAAGAAUUACUGGAGGAAGAAGGAGAGUCAUGGAGUUUGAAGAACAAACAUGACAAAGCAAAAGAUCGGCUGGAGAAAAUGCUGCAGGAGCCUGAGAUGCUGCGGCUGCAUAAAGUACUUCAGAUAGAGGUUGAAGUAAUGAGGCAGAGUGGUGAUGAUGUUCCCAAGAUUUUGAAGGACCGUGACUGGGUCGAGCUUUUAUUAAUGAACUCUCAGGCCAAAAGAAAACCCAACGAUAUUCCUCUCUGGAUGCAAUACACAUUGGGAGGCAAUUCAAUGUUUAUGAGGAUUCGCGACAACACAAUGAAUACUGCAAGUAACUGGUGGUUGCAUCGAGCCUCGAUGUUUGGUCCCAAGGUGGUUCUCGAUUGCGGGUUCGAAGACAAAAUGACGCGACAAGAGAUCAGGAACUGCGCCAAGCAGCUGAUGUUCGCCUUCGCAGCAAACCGCGAGUACACAGAACCUUUUGACUUGCACUUCUGCAACUUGAACAGGUCGAGCUAUCUGUUUGAGGAGCUUUACAGCUUUAUUCCGACGAUGCUCGAACCAGAGUUCCCGAUCAACCUUCAUGAAAAUUCCUACUUGGAUUUGUAUUCAAGAGAUAAGUUGGUUUAUUUAACGCCAGACUGCAAACAGAUGAUGAGCGAGUAUGAUACUGACGCUGUUUAUAUUGUUGGAGCUAUUGUUGACAAGGUUUCGGGGAAUCCUGUAACUCUUGCGAAAGCAAAAAAAGAAGGCAUACGAAUGGCUAAACUGCCAAUAGACAAAUAUCUAAAUUUCGGCGGUGGAUCCAAUAAAUCUUUGACUAUCAACCAAGUGAUUGGAAUUCUCUGUGAUUAUUACAACACAGGUGACUGGUAUCAUGCGUUUCGUUUCGUACCCAGACGUAAAUUAACCGAAAGCCGUGAAGCGCAAUUGAAAAAGAAGUUGAGCUAUUACCUAGAAAAUAACAAAGAUUUUAAAAGCGGAAAAGAUUUUGCUAUAGAAUCUAGAAAUAAAUUCCGCCGUAAUUAA